CUCUCUCUCUCUCUCUCUCCUCCUUUGCUUCCUAUCUUUCUCUGCUUGGUCUCUCGAGGUCUCGGCAUUGAGCCUCUAACAUCUCGGUCAUCAGAAUCCGGUUUAGUGGAUCAAAAUGGCAUGCGAGGACCGAUUUCUAAAUGACCAGAGGCCCAAGAUCGAUUGCCUUCUCUUUGAUCUUGAUGAUACUCUAUAUCCUCUGAGUUCUGGCCUUUCAACUGAGAUUCUCAAGAACAUUGGAGAUUAUUUGGUCCAAAAGCUUGGGAUUGAGGAAAGCAAAAUCCCUGAUAUGUGUAAUCUUCUCUACAAGAACUAUGGGACAACAAUGGCUGGACUAAGGGCCAUUGGCUACACAUUUGAUUAUGAGGAGUAUCACAGUUUUGUUCAUGGAAGGCUACCUUAUGAAAAGAUAAAGCCAGAUCCAGUUCUUAGGCAUCUGUUACUGAGCCUGCCAAUUCGCAAAAUCAUAUUCACAAAUGCCGACAGGACCCAUACUGCUAAAGUGCUGAAUAGGCUUGGAUUGGAAGACUGUUUUGAAGGGAUCAUAUGUUUCGAGACUCUGAAUCCACCCAUGGAGGCCACUAGAACCAAUAUAUUUGACAUCAUUGAGUACUCACUUCGACCUGUUGCUGGUAUGGAGCUGCCUGAGACUCCAGUUCUCUGCAAGCCAUCUGAAUAUGCUAUAAAGCAGGCUUUCGACAUCGCCGGCAUCGACCCUCAGAAGACAAUUUUCUUUGAUGAUAGUGCUCGCAACAUCCAGGCAGGCAAACGCAUUGGUCUCCACACAGUGCUUGUGGGGACUUCUCAUAAAGUUAAAGGUGCCGACCAUGCAUUGGAGAGCAUCCACAACAUUAGGGAGGCACUGCCAGAGCUCUGGGAGGAGGGUGAGAGGUCAGGAGAUGUCAUUUACUCAGGAAAGGUUGCGAUUGAGACAACAGUGACCGCUUAAUGUCUCGUGUAUUCAUUGACUGCGUGGUGGAGGGAAGGGAAUGGGCAAGGGAUAUUUAUGUGAAGGAUUUUCCUUCCAAUUUCAUAUAUAUAUAUAUAUAUAUAGAAAUAGAUCUCCUUUUUAAUCUAUUGGCUUUCAUCUAA